AAACUUAAAGUCGCCGUUCAGAAAAUAAAAAAUAAAAGUCAAAUUCGGUGGGUUUCGCAAAUUCCAAAAUCCUGACAAGGCUCUUAAUCACAGCAAAGAAUUCACGCGCGAAGAGAUGAGUUGGUGUCAUCAUUGUUCACAAAAUACUGGGACAUAUCAUGAUUAUACCACCGGCAACAUAUGUUGUACUGACUGUGGAAAAGUAGUACAUCAAGAUGUAUAUACGGAAGACGACACUUUUGUUAAAGAUGCAGCAGGAGGGGCUCGUCUUGCAGGAAAUCGUGUUAGAAUGCCAAGUGAUAUUUCUGACUCACAUCAAAGGACUUUGAAUAUAGGGAAUGAUUAUAUUAAUGAUCUGAUAAGAGUUUAUGGAAUCAGCGAUGUUAAUCACGCUACCAAGUAUUACCAGAUUGCCGUUGAGCGUGGGUUUACAAGAGGACGUAGAACAAAACGAGUUGCGGCUGCUUGCCUCUAUGUUGCCUGCCGGGAAAUGGAGAAGCCAUUUCUGCUUAUAGAAUUUUCCAGUCGUUCGGAUUGUAGUGUCUACGAAUUGGGCGUGGUGUAUUUACAGCUUUGCAAACUGUUGUGCCUCCAGGAGCAUCCCUUUGUACAAAAUCCAGUUGAUCCGAGCCUUUAUAUGCAUAGAUUUAUACGUGAACUAAAGAAAGAUAGUAGCAAAAAGGAAGCUCUGAACACUACUGCAUUGCACCUUGUAGUUUGCAUGAAAAGAGACUGGAUUCAGACGGGAAGGAAACCUAGUGGGAUAUGUGCUGCAGCUAUUUAUGUUUCUUCACUGUUACACGGAUAUAAUUUUUCAAAAGACGAUGUUGUUAAAGCUGUACACAUAUGUGAAGCAACAUUGACAAAGCGAUUGGUUGAGUUUGAAAACACAGAAGCUGGGAGUUUAACAAUUGAAGAGUUCACUCAAAAAGCCAUAAACUUUGAGAAGGAAAUGGAGUCAUGUAAACAAUCUGCCAAUGAUUUAAAGAUGCCUGAAAUGACAGAAGUGGUUUGCGAGCACAAAAGCAGUGUUGUUCAAUCUGGUUCUGGGCUUUGCAAGAGUUGUUAUUUGGAGUUUUGUGGGGGACUUGAUGGUUCCGAACCUCCAGCGUUUCAACGUGCCCAAGCAGAACGAUUAUUCAUGGAAUCCGUGAAAAGGUCAACCGCGUCAACGCCUUGUGUAACAACUCAUAGUGAAAAUGUGACGCUAGAUAACACGAAAGAAAAAGGUGACGAAUACGUUGGAGAACUAAACAAAACUAGUGACAAUGUUGAUGCUUUUGUAAGCUCAAAGGAAGCCUCUGCCGAUGAAAGUGAUACCUUUUCUGAUAUUGAUGAGGCUGAGGUCGAUGGCUACCUUCACGACGAGGAAGGUAUUCGUAUGAAGACGCACAUAUGGGAAUGGCAGAACCGGGAGUAUAUGCAGGAACAAGCCGCGAAAGCAUCAGCAACAAACAAGCUUCAAGAGAAAGAUAAAAGAAAGAGAAAAACUGAGGCUAAAAAUGCUAAGCCUCCAGAUACUGCUGGAGAAGCUGCUGCUCAACACUUUACAAAAAAGAAAUUUAGUUCAAAAUUUAAUUAUGAUGCGAUCGCUAAUCUCUUAGAUAAUGAGGAGCCGAUUUGGAAAGAAUAGUGUCGAUGAUGGCGGUAACAGAAAGGGGAAAGGAAUCGGUAUGAUAAUGGAAAUGAACAACAAAAGAGUGGAGGUUAUGUUGAUGAUUAUUUAUUUAAUAUGAAAUUGUCUUGUGAGAGAAUUUUGUCUUUGUUAGAAGCUAAAAUUAUGAUUGUGGGAUUUUUUUU